AUGCUAACUUCUGGCGCAUGCGCAAACGUGUUGGCGACGAAGCGAAAAGACCAAGAUGGCGGACUGAGUGCCUGUUCACUAUCUUAAUUUAGACAAUAGCAUCAAAUACCUCAAGAUUAUUUUUUUCCUAAAGCCUGCGAAACGGAAGUUAGGUUUGGAGCGAUGGAGUGUUACCUUACCUGAAGUGAAGAUUGAAGACGUGAUAGAAGAUGGACGACUACUGCUAUGCUAAGAUGGCGACGUCUGGUAAAAGAGAACAAGAAAGAGAAUCAGCGCCACCAACUUCCAGCAAAUCACCAACGGAGAAAAUGAUCAAAACUGAAGACGAAGACGUCCAGAAACUAAUUAGUCAUCCAGAAGAACUUCUCCCUCCAUCAGGAUGGAGCUCCACCUUGAAGCAGGAGACUCCACAAUCACCCCACAUUAAAAAGGAAGAGGAGGAACUCUGGAUCACUCAGGAGGGAGAGUGUCUUCUAGGACCACAGGAGGCUGAUCUCACCAAGUUGCCACUGACUGUUGUCUCUGUGAAGACUGAAGAUGAUGAAGAGAAACCACAACCAGACAACAUCUUGGCUCCACUAUCAGAUAGUGAGGCUGAAGACGAGGUUGAAGUAACUUUGAGCAGCGAUAAAGACUGUGAAGAUGAUAUGAGGAAUCACACUCACAACAAACAUUCUGAAUGCUCUAAAAAUGACAGAAGCAAAAAUAGUUUGAGCUGCUCAGUUUGUUCUAAAAGUUUUACUAAAAAAAGCCUUUUGACUCAACACAUGAGAACACACACUGGAGAAAAACCAUUUUCUUGUUCAGUUUGCGGUAAAAGCUUUACGAAAAAGAGCAGUUUGACCGAACACAUGAGAAGACACACAGGAGAAAAAACAUGCUGUUGUUCAGUUUGUUGUAAAAGCUUUUUUAAAAAAAGCAGUUUGACUGAACACAUGAGAACACACACAGGAGAAAAACCAUUUGGUUGUCCAGUUUGUAGUAAAAGAUUUAACAAAAAGAGCAGUUUGACUCAACACAUAUUGACACACACCGGACAGAAAACUUUUAUUUGUUUAGUUUGUGGUAAAAGCUUUUCUCAAAAAAGCAAUUUGACUCAACACAUGAGAACACACACAGGAGAAAAAACAUUUAAUUGUUCAGUUUGUGGCAAAAACUUUUCUCAAAAGGGCACUUUAACGCACCACAUGAGAACACACACAGGCGAAAAAACAUUUUUUUGUUCAUUUUGUGGUAAAAGUUUUUUUUCCAGAUCAGGUUUGACUCCACACAUGAGAACACACACUGGACAAAAGCCAUUUAUUUGCUCAGUUUGCGGUAAGAGCUUUUCUCAAAAGAUCAGAAUGACUCAACACUCGAGAUCACACACAGGGGAAAAACCAUUUAACUGUUCAAUUUGUGGUACACAUUUUUCUCAAAAGAGCAGUUUGAUUCGACACACGAAAACGCACACAGGAGAAAAAACAUUUAAUUGCUCAAUAUGCGGUAAAAGCUUUUCUCAAAGGAUCAGAUUUGCUCAACACAUGCGAACACACACAGGAGAAAAACAAUUCAAUUGUUCGGUUUGUGACAAAAGUUUUUUUUCCAGACAAGGUUUGACCAAACAUAGGACGAAACAUACUGGAGAAAAACCCUUUAGUUGUUCAGUCUGCGGCAUACGAUUCCAUCGUAAUACAGAUGCAGUAGAACACACAACAACACACACACGGGAGAAUAACAAAGCCGGUGUUUAGUUAGUGGUAUACAUUAUAUUAUGCUCAUAUCUGGUGACAUCAACCCAAACCCAGAACCUCCUUAAAACAAGUUAAUGGAUUAUUUCACAAAUGUCCAAUGUCGUGCAAAUUGGGAUCAUUUAGAGCAGCCCGGUGGUCUUUGUGGACUUUGCAUGUUACCCCUGUGACUGUUUGGGUUCUCUCCAGGUACCCCGGCUUACCCCCACCUCCAAAGACAUGCGCCUGGAGGUAGCCUGAUUGGCAACACUAAAUUGCACCUAGUGUGUGAAUGCUUGUAUCUUUUUUUGUCCCUGCGAUGACCUGGCUUUCCUCGUCCAGGGUGUACCCUGCCUUCCGCCCGAGUGCAGCUCAGCGAGGCUCGUAUUUUAGCUGCUUGAUACUUAUGACUGAUUACAAAACUUACAGAAGGUCGUCAGGAAAGAAAACAAGGUAAGAGUCAAACUGUCACAUACUCUUAAUAUUCAAUGUUUUAUCAUGCUACAAAUUGUGAGUUCAAAUAUUUUAUUUCUUUAUUUUUUCACUUUUAAUAUGUUUGUACGGCAGUAGCACGUAAGAUGUGUUUUAAUUGCUGAUGCGGAUUUAUUGAUUUUUAAAUGCGCCAGAAAAUAAGCCGUUUUGUACACUGUUGAUGCAGGUUCAAUGCCCAGUAGUGCGUAAAUGUGUUUCUGAAUAGUAUUUCCUCAGCAAUGGUCAUGUGGUGACAUAAUUGAUGGUAUUUUGAGAGGUAAUCAUUGAAGUCGGACAUCACUGAAGGCCUAGGUGGGAAACGCACGGCCCGCCACUGAAGUGGAGUUAUUUUUUUUAAUUUUUUUUAGUGCUUUAUUUAUUUUCCUAUGAUACUGUAUUGAGUCUUUGAUUUAUUUUGUACUAUUUUCCUAUUUGUCUAUUAUUUGUGCACUUUCAUUUUUGAAGUUGUUCUUGAUUUAUUAUAUCAAUUGAUUGACCGCAGUUGGGACCUUGUCGAAACCGGUUUGUGUUUUGUAGCGCCUGUGCAGUUUGUAUUAAAAUUAUUAGAAUGACACGGGUGUUGCUGGCCUUGCUUUUUCUUCAAGUACACUUUUUUUGCCGUGCACCUUUUAUUACGUUUUUUGGAGAGUGCGUG